AUGGCCGACGAACGACCAGCAACAAAUACGACAGAUGUCGAUCUGGAAAAGGGUCACAGCAGGCCGAGUUCUUCUCAGGAGCUCAAGCCAAAGACCGAGCCUGAGUCUGAUUCCCUCCACACAAAUGAGAAGACUCUCAACAACGAACCAGAACAGGAGCCCGAACACAACACGGAGCCUCAACCAGUCGAUGACCCCAACCUUGUCGACUGGGACGGCCCUGAUGACCCUGAGAACCCCAUGAACUGGCACGACAGGCAAAAAUGGCUCAAUAUUGGUCUCAUCUCUCUGUUAACUUUUGUGACACCACUGGUAAGACGGAUCCAGGAUCAUCAUACUACCGGCUCUUCCAUGUUCGCACCUGGUAUCCCUGCCAUCAUGGUGCAGUUUGGAGAAACGUCAUCCAUCACGGCCACCUUUGUCGUCUCUGUCUAUAUUCUCGGCUUCGCCUUCGGGCCCCUCAUCGUCGCUCCCGUCAGUGAGAUGUGGGGUCGUCGCCCCCUUUACAUCUGGGGCAACAUCUUUUUUGUCCUCUUCUCGGUCGGCACCGCCCUCUCCCAGAACAUGGAUAUGAUGAUGGCCUUCCGUUUUCUCAUGGGCGUCGCCGGGUCCGUGCCGAUCACUAUCGGCAGUGGCAGCAUCUCCGAUAUCAUGCCCGUCGAGAUGCGCGGCCGCGCUAUGUCCGCCUGGGCCCUCGGCCCCCUACUGGGUCCCUGCAUCGGCCCCGUCGCCGGUGGGUAUCUCAUCAGGGAGACGAGCUGGCGCUGGGUCUAUUGGCUCGUCUGCAUUGUCGGCGGCAUCUGCAUCCCGCCCUCGUUCCUCUACAUGAAGGAGACGUACGCCCCCAUCCUCAUCGAGCGCAAGGUCAUGAAGCUGCGCAAAGAGACAGGCAACAACAACCUGCACAGCAAGCUUGACUCGGGCCAGAGCGUCGCCGACAAGUUCAAGAUCGCCAUCCUCCGUCCCGUCAAGCUCCUCUUCCUCGUGCCCAUCGUCACGAGCAUGGCCCUCUACGUCGCCAUUGUCUACGGCAUCCUUCUACCUGCUCAUCACAACCUUUUCCUUUGUCUACCGCGACCAGUCCACUUCAUCGUCCCCAUGAUCGGCGUCGUCGUCUUCAGCGCCGGCCUCAUGGGCGUCAUGAUGUGCAUCCAGAACUACCUCCUCGACACCUUCCCCCCCUACGCCGCCUCCGUCACCGCCGCCCUCGCCGUCCUGCGCUCCCUCGCCGGCGCCCUGCUGCCCCCUCGGCGGCCUCGAGAUGUACAACGCCCUCGGCCUCGGCUGGGGCAACAGCCUCCUCGGGCUUCCUCUCCGCCGCCAUGA